CGCCUUGGCUGUGAAUUUUGAUACUGGCAACAACAACAACAACAAAGCAAAUGACUCUGUUCUAGCAUUAUCAGACCGCUUGUGGCGGAUCAAAUACAAUAGUUUAUGUCCCCAGCUGUUGGAGGUCGAGCCAGUGCUAUUACCCAACCUUUUCUCUACUGUUGAUGCGAUGGUUUCAUUGGCUACGGCUGUCGUAGACAAGGAGCAAAAGAAUGACGACAAUAUCGUGGGUGCUGUUGCCGAUGGGUAUUUUCACAUACUUCACCUGGCACCCAAAUGUUCCAUAGGCACGCGGAGAAUACCCAUUGGAGAGACGCCAAACAAGAUACUUUACGACAAGCCUUCAAAUUGCGCCUUCGUAGUGACCACAUCCUUGAAACAUUCGGCAGUGAAGAGCUCCAUGCGACUUAUUGAUCUAUCAAGUACUGGAACCCAGGCAAAGGAUAAGAUUCUACUUUCUUCCAAGGAUUUUGGAUUUAGUGACGAGAUCCUGUGCAUGACCGAAUGGACGGUUGCCCAUCGUGAACGUACUUAUCGAUAUUUGUGCCUCGGCAUCGGGCAAAAGAAUGUCAGCACGCGAUCAAGGAUACGGAAAAUAGGAACAGAACGCGGCGUCUUAAUGCUGUAUCGCUUAAAAUCGACAGAUCGUAGUGCUUCUUCCACUGAAAACACACCUUCUCCUGACUUGACUAGUCCCACUGAUGGCUUCAAUUGUUAUACCUUGCGUGCAGUAUGGAAUCAAGAACAUUUUCCGGGAGGCAUUUUUGCAAUAUGUCCACAUCCAGCAGGACUAUUGUUCUCAGCUGGACCAGUGCUUCACUUAUAUCAAUUGGAUCCUCGACAGGGAAAACUUGUUGAAAUAACUCGGAAAGCACUUCGGUUCUUGAUUACCUCGAUUCAUGUUGAUGGUGAUACAAUCUGCGUUACCUGUCAGAACGACUCGAUAUCCUUUUAUACCUAUAACGAGGAGCACCGAAAACUUGCUUUCUUAAAAAGUCUGGUGGACUCACUGCUUUGCGUGAUGAUCCUGAUGAUCGCUCUUUUGAACAGCGGUUACUGUCCGUAUUCUCCUUCCACUAUCCAGACAUCAUUAUCCGACCCACGUUAGGAUCCUUACUCCCGCGUAAUCUUCUCGGCGCACCAAAUCACAGCAAGAACAUCGUAGCGCACGUAUUACCAUGGAUCCAAGAACAAGAGAUGGAGGCAGAGGAACAAAUGUCGAAUAAUAACAAUACCACUUCCACUGCUGCUGCUGUCUCUGCUAUCGAACCCAUUUUGGGAAGCACGGUAGCCGGCGG